AUGGUUGGGAUGUUCCUCUUCACACUAGGCCACUGUGCAGGGAAUAGAUUGGUUCAGGAAUGUUUUCAGCAUUCUAGAGAAACAGUUAGCAGGAUGUUCCAUGAGUUUGACGAAGUCCCAGUUAAGAUUAGGGGUGACCCAAAAUAUAGCCCCUUUAAAAAUUAUGUUGGUGCCAUCGAUGGAACACAUAUCCCAGCUAUGAUUCCUAAACCUGACAUAGGUCGAUUCAUUGGGAGGAAAGGCACAACGACACAGAAUGUAAUGGAAGCGUGUGACUUUGAUAUGCUGUACAUAUUUGUGUCGGCUGGAUGGGAGGGAUCAGCACAUGAUGCGCGAAAGUAUUAUCUGGUUGAUGCGGGGUAUCCUCAUAGGACCGGUUUUCUUGCACCCUAUAAAGGUGAGAGGUAUCAUUUAUCUCAGUUUGAAAAUGGUCACCGAGCAACAGGUCCUCGUGAGGUGUUCAAUCACACACACUCGUCACUCCGAAGUGUAAUUGAAAGAAUUUUUGGGGUUACCAAAAAUCGGUUUCCUAUAUUGAGGAAGAUGCCAUCUUACCCCUAUGAAACCCAGGUUCAAAUUGUAAUUGCGGGCAUGACACUUCACAACUUCAUUCGAUUGAGGGUGACGAAUGACGAAGAAUUUACAAAAACGGAUGAAGGGGCAACUAGUUCAUCUCAAGAACCAACUAUUGAAGAUGUUGUUAUUGGUGUUGAUGAUUUACGCGAUGAUAGGACCAUGUCCUCUGUUCGGGAUAAGAUUGCAGAUAAACUUGUACGUAGGAGGCAGAGGUAG